GAUAUCGAUAAAAGUCCUACAUUCGAAAAUUCUAGCGCCAAAGUAACUUCCACCCCGACUAAAAGCGCGAAAAGUAUACUUCAGGAUUCUUAUGCUCUUGCUAACGACUCGGACCAAUCGUCAAAGCAAAGCCUCAUGUGGGCUCUUGCCUCGCCUAAGAACAACAAAAGUGUUCUUAAAUCGGCAAUGGGCUCAGCUAUGGUCAAGAAGAAAGUGCUUUUCGAUCUGGAAAAAGUAGACAAAGAGAAAAAUUCCGAGAAAGAAGCAGCUGAAACAAAAUCUAUAGAAGAAUUCCUGCUAGAAGAAGAGUAUAAAGAUAAAAAAGAAGCGAACGAUAGUGACUGGAAUACAACUUCAAGCAUUUUGGAGGAAAAACUAAAGUCACCCAUGAAAGAGAUGAGGACAAGUUCAGAAAACAUUCAACUGAAAACGUCUCAGAGCGAAAGAAUAGCUGAAAUAUCGAAAAAAAUUCAAGAAAAGCUUGAAUCAUCUCGCCGUAAGCCAGCCGGUUCUGUGGAAGCCAUGUUUUCCCCUCAAACGCAGUCUGAUGAACCCACUUUUGCUGCACAAAUGACUUCUGAUGGUAUUAAUUCCAUGAUGGACCAUCAUAAUCAAGUACCUCGUCCUGCACCUCGUAAACAACUAUUAGAAACCAAAGACUCUGACCUAGAUAUAGAUGAGCUGUUAGCUACUAUAAGACAAAAAAGAAACCAAAAAUUAAUCUAAUUUUACCAUUUAUUUUAGUACAUUUUAUACAUAAAAAAAUUUUUUAAUGAGUUUUGUUAUAAACACUCAAUAUCAGUUUUAAUAACGUAAAAUGGCACAAAUAGACUAAAAUCUUACCCUAAGAGAGCUUUAUAAAAGUAUUACAUCCUAUACUAUGUAUUAUAUUAUCUUUAUAAGCUUUAAUACCGAAUGAAAGCUGAUUAAUAAAAUAUUUUAGUCACGUAAGAAAAAUUACGGACAAUGAAUGUACAUUUUAAAAACAGCAGUAUUUAUCAUAAGUAUUAUCUUUUUUUUUUUCCUACGUAUAUGUUCUCAUACGUGUGUUUGCAAUUUGUGUUAUCUCACAAGUCUUGAGUGCUUCAAAGGGAUACAUCCUACAUAGGUAUGACAAACUGAAUCAACUAAAUGUACCUAUUUACAAUAAAAUGUAGCUGUGUAUUAUCCGUCCAACAAAAGUAUUUGUGUAGGUAUUGUUAUUCGGUAAAAUGCAUAAUAAUUUGUUUUUUUGUUGAAAAAGGUUU